CACACUCUCACGACAAAUUCAUCUAUUUACUCAAGAAAAACAUAAAAUAAUCAGUCUUUUAAUCCAACAAAACCAUAGUUGGAAAUAAAGAAAAAUUUGAGAGUUGCUCACUUGAAAAGCCUAUAUAAAGUUGCCACGUCACCGUACACAUCCAUCAGCCAUCUUCGGAUGCUUGUUCUGUUCUGAUAGCCGGUAAGUUGAGCACAGCUCAAGCCCAAACCCUAAUUUCGCAAGCUUCUCGCCUCUCUCUCUCUAACCCUAAACAAUUUAUCUGUUUCAUACUGUUUCUGUCUGCAAUGCUAUAAAUACGGUACUAUAUAUAUAUAUAUAUAUAUAUAUAUAUAUAUAUAUAUAGCAUCUCGUGAUAUUGAUUCUCUUAGCCAAGUUCGAGUCUUUGAUCGGCUGAAUUCCACACACAAACGAUGGCUGGCAGAGGCGGAAGGGACAGAUUUCGCAGGGACUACCCUCUGCGAUCUGAAGAAAAGGGCCAUAGUGGGCGUAACAAUGCGCCCCCAUCAAGGCACCUCUGGGUUGGAAAUCUGUCUCACAGCUUAUCCGAGAAUACUGUAACCAAUUGCUUUUUACAGUUCGGUGAACUUGAUAGCAUCGCAUUUCAACCAGGACGUAGCUAUGCUUUCGUUAAUUUUAAAAAUGAAGAAGACGCUUUUUCUGCAAUUAGAGCACUUCAAGGUGCUACUCUUGCGGGCAAUCCACUUAAACUUGAGUUUGCAAAGGCGGAUAAGUCUUCAACAGCAUCACAUGAUGAAGACUACUUGCCACGCCGAGAUGAACAACGCUCCACAGUAAGAGGGUCUACAUUCUCGCAGAGGGACUCCAGAACACGCCGUUCUAGUCCUGAUCCAUCUUAUCCUGACAAAUCCAAAAUGACUGAUAGAAAUGCAGAACCCAGUGAGGUAUUAUGGAUUGGGUUUCCAGCGUUAUUGAAGGUGGAUGAAGUGAUUUUAAGGAAGGCCUUUUCACCAUUUGGUGAAAUUGAGAAGAUUACCGCAUUUCCAGGUCGCAGUUAUGCUUUCGUUCAGUUCAGAAAUGUAAUGGCAGCCUGCAGGGCUAAAGAAACUCUUCAGGGAAAAUUAUUUGGCAAUCCCCGUGUACAUAUUUGUUUUGCAAAGAGUGAAUCUGGCGCAUCCAACAGCGGAAGGAACUCAAUGAAUGCCCCUCCCUCCCCACAUUUCCAGUCAUAUGGACGCUCAGAACCUUCUGAGGACUUUCGACAGGAUAGGAAUUUUGGGAAACUAUCUGGAGAUCCUACCAUGAGAUCUCCUCAUUUUAUCUCCAAUUUGGAGUCUGGGGAUCCUGAUGCCAUGAGUUUUGGCAGAAAGGGUAAUUUAUGGAUGGAUGGGAAUGGUACAUUUGAACAGAGGAGGUUCCAUGAACCGGGGCCUGAACUAGGACUAGCAGAAAAUAUGUAUGAUCGUCGUAGUAGUCCUUCAAGAGACCGAGGUGCUCACUUCCGUGAUUUUUCUCCUCAGCCAUUCCCUCGGAAAGGUGCAUUCUAUGAUGAUCCUUGGGACUUGCCAGAUGAUGCCUUGCUUUUUCAUGGAAAUAAGAAACUAAAGACUGGCGCCUUUCCUCCUGAGAACGAGCUUCCAGAGUAUCCUUUCUCUGAUUUAGACCAAGCAAAACAUGUUCUUCCUAGGGUAUUCCCUGAUUUUUCCCAGCCUGAGGCCCUAGAUAAAAAUUCAGAAUCUGGACCGUAUGGUUAUAAACAUGUCCCAGAUCACUCAAUGAAUCUAACACAACCUUAUGGGGAAAGGUCCAAUCACUGGAAUGCAUCUUAUGAUAGUUUCCAGAUAGGUUCUGCUGCGAUGCCUUCAAACCCUGUUGAGUGGAAAAGACCUACUCCUGAAUUGAAUCAGUCUUCUUCGACUGAAGAGUGGAAAUGGGAAGGAACCAUAGCAAAGGGAGGAACUCCCAUCUGUCGUGCUCGCUGCUUUCCUGUGGGAAAAGUACUGGACAUGAUCUUGCCUGAAUUCUUGGAUUGCACCGCAAGAACUGGUCUAGACAUGCUUGCAAAACAUUACUAUCAAGCAGCUAGUGCUUGGGUGGUGUUCUUUGUUCCUGAAAGUGAUUCAGAUAUUGGAUUUUAUAAUGAAUUCAUGCAUUAUUUGGGGGAGAAACAACGAGCUGCAGUUGCUAAAUUGGAUGAAAAGACUACUUUAUUUCUUGUACCCCCUUCAGAAUUCUCGGAGAAAGUACUGAAAGUACCAGGGAAAUUGAGCAUAUCUGGAGUCAUAUUAAGGUUAGAGAACCCAGGUUCCAAUUUUGGGUCUCUUCAUCAUCCUCAUGAGAGAAAAGAUACAUUGCCUUCAGAACCUGUUCCCUCAGUGCCUUCUUUCCCAAAUAAUCUAGGGAAAUCUGGAGUUAAUGAUAUACCUUUUUCGGGGAAUUUGUCUAUGGCAGUUCCUCCCACAACAUUUGCAGGUUCCCCCCAUCUUAUUGGAGGUUUAUCUGAAUCCAUUAAUGAGAACCGGCAUGAAUAUAUGCUCCAUCAUCGGAACCCUACAUUGGGACCAAACUGGUCUACUCAUCAUCCACAAAACUUCAAUUCUAGUACUAAAAUUAUAGCAUCAAAUGCAUCCAACAGUGUUGUUGAUCCCAUCAUUAAGGGAUAUAACCCGGCCAUGCCUAGGGCUCUGCAGGAAUCAAGUUUGAGUAGUUAUACAACUGGAACUUCAGGUAUCCCAUUAGCUGGAAGUAGCAAGUUGUCCUUUCAGGAAACCAAACCUCCAGUUUCUUCAUCUAUGGGUUAUUCAAACCUUCAACCAGACCAACUUGCACAGUUGGCAUCAUCUCUUCUUGGGCAACAAAGGCAACCAGGGGGUGGUCCAUCUUUACCUAUCGGGGAAGAUAUUAGGCAGCCAAGCACCAUGUAUCAGUCUGAAAAUUUAUAUGGAACUUCCCAGAGAUAUGCUUUACAAAAUAAUCAGGAAUCCUCUGAGCGAUUAUUAUCUCAGUUUGGCCAAGUGCGACAAUUGCAGCAGCAGCAGACAUCAAGCAUGCCUGCAGCGCCUCAAAUAGAGCUUCAGGUAGGCAGUCAGGGGAACGAACAGCUGCAUAGUACUGGUACACAAGAGGAAGUGGAGACAGAUCCACAGAAACGUCUGCAAGCGACAUUACAAUUAGCAGCAGCUCUUCUUCAGCAGAUCCAACAAGGAAAAGGGACCUAACUGGCGAAAAGUAUGAAAGAUGGCAAAAAUGAAAUUCUAUAGUGUUUCUCAGAAGCACCAUGGUUACUUGGUUCUUACAUCUUUGCUUUGUGGAAGGCAGUGGACCAAUCAGUUUAGAUGGCUACUUUAAUGUUAUAAAAUAGUCGAACCUUUUCUUAGUCCUUUUGUUGUUAUGUUGCAUGGACUUCAUGAUGUUGGAUAAUAGACCUUGUCUUUGUCUGUCAGUGAUGAAAGGUCUCAAUUUGUUUUAUAUUUGUUAUGCAGAUACCGUGUCAAUCAUUUGCUUA